AUGGGGACAAAAGAAGCUUAUCGGAGAAGAAGAAAAGGGAGAGGGCAACCACAUAUGAGUGGAAAACCGCCACCACUAGAACAAACUAAACCUCAUUCUCAUCCAUGGCUACGGAGAUCUGGUGUUUUUCACCAAAUCAUACUUGAUAAGGACAAAGCUUACAUAGGUGUUUCAGGUGAAAGGUUUGUGGUGUACUGGAUGGCGGAGAUGGAGGAGAAGAUGGUGGAGAAAGUGGUGAUUUCUAGCAGUGGAAUUGGGUAUACGAAAGAGCAUAAAUCUGAGUAUCUGGAGAAGAUUGGGCGGAAUGUGGUGAAGAUUUUGGUAUUGGAAAAAUCAAGAGAAGGAGGAGGAAGAAGGUCGAUGGUGGAUGUGUUAAAUCAAUAA